UUCGCUUAGCCCAAGCAAGCUAGUUGAAGCUUCAAGAAGCUGAGAACGGGAGCUCCAAUUGACUGGGCCCCAGCAGGUCCCGCGGCUUCCGACUCUUCCAUGUCCGGGCAGUGUUAGGUCGUCGUUGAUUUUGACAUCGUCAAUCCCCGACGCCUCGGUCUGACACUCUGGGCCGCAGGCAACUGCUGCUUGCAAAGAUGCCGGGAACGUCGCGCAUGCCCAUCAGCCUGCGAGAGAGCUUCAACAAUGUCCGGAAGAGGUCGCGGGUGCGCGCGGCCAACCCGCUGGAGAUGCUCAGCCUGGAUCUAAUCCGCAAUAUCGUUUUCUUUCUCUUCCUCCUGCGAUGGUCGCGCCGCGCGCUGUGGAAGCUUAAGGGUCGCGGCCUGCUGGGCACGCUAGCCGAGGCCUACGCCGAGGUACGCCGCGUGCUGUACGGCUGGUUCCUGCGGAUGCCGGGGGUGCGCACCCAGGUGCGCAAGCAGGUCGACGAGGCCCUCGCCAAGAUGCAGUCCAAGAUAGUGCCUGCCAACGCGACGCGCUACCUGACCCUGCCCAAGGAGGGCUGGACCGAGGAGGCCGUGCGCAAGGAGCUCGAUGCGCUGGCGAACAUGGACCACACGCGCUGGGAGGACGGUUACGUCUCGGGUGCGGUGUACCACGGCGAGGACGACCUGCUGAGGUUGCAGACCGAGGCGUAUGGGAAGUUCACGGUCGCGAAUCCGAUCCACCCGGACGUGUUCCCCGGCGUGAGGAAGAUGGAGGCGGAGGUGGUCGCCAUGGUGCUAAGUCUGUUCAAUGCGCCGCCUGACGCCGCGGGUGUGAGCACCAGCGGCGGGACCGAGAGUAUCCUGAUGGCCUGUCUCAGUGCGAGACAGAAGGCCUAUGUUGAGCGGGGUGUUACCGAGCCGGAGAUGAUUCUUCCCGAGACGGCACACACGGCCUUCCGCAAGGCGGCCGAGUACUUCAAGAUCAAAAUCCAUCUCGUAGCGUGCCCGGCGCCGAGCUACCAGGUCGACCUCCGCCGCGUGGCCCGCCUGAUCAACAGCAACACGAUUCUCCUCGUCGGGUCCGCGCCCAACUUCCCGCACGGCAUCAUCGACGACAUCUCGGGUCUGUCCAAGCUGGCCCUUAAGAAGCGCCUCCCUCUCCACGUAGACUGCUGCCUGGGCUCCUUCCUCGUCCCCUUCCUCGAGAAAGCCGGCUUCGAGACGGUCCCCUUCGACUUCCGCCUGCCGGGCGUCACCUCCAUCUCGUGCGACACGCACAAGUACGGCUUCGCGCCCAAGGGCAACAGCACCGUCCUCUACCGCACCCAGGCCCUGCGCGCCUACCAGUACUUCGUCGACCCGUCCUGGUCCGGCGGCGUGUACGCCUCCCCCGGCAUCGCCGGCUCGCGCCCCGGCGCGCUGAUCGCCGCGUGCUGGACCUCGCUCGUCUCGGUCGGCGAGGCGGGCUACCUGGCCGCGUGCGCGCAGAUCGUCGGCACGACCAAGAAGCUGCUGCACCGCCUCGCCACGUCCCCCUCCCUCUCUGCCGAGCUCGAGGUCCUGGGCAACCCGCUGGUCAGCGUGCUCGCGUUCCGCGCCCGCUCGCUCAACGUCUACGACAUCGCCGACGGCAUGUCCGCCCGCGGCUGGCACCUCAACGCCCUGCAGAACCCGCCCGCCAUCCACGUCGCCAUGACCAUGCCGCUCGUCAAGGUCUGGGAGCGCCUCGCCGCCGACCUCGAGGCCGUCGUCGAGCAGGAGCGCGAGAAAGAGCGCGUCCGCAUGGUCGAUGGCAAGAAGAGCGCCGCGCGCGCCGGUGCCGGCGCCGACGCCGCCGGCGAUACCGCCGCGCUGUACGGCGUCGCGGGCAGCCUGCCCAAUAAGAGCGUCGUCGUGGACUUGGCGAAGGGGUUCUUGGAUUUGUUGUACAAGGCGUGAUGUGAUAUGAGAAGGGCGGGUUCUUGGUCUUGCGUGUU